CUCUCCAUGAGCCGUUAGUUAAAAAGGGGAGCUUAGAAGAGGAGGGCCCAUUGCAGUAGGGUCUCCGCUGUAACCAGGCUAGGCAAAGCUCUUCGGUAAACAAGUUGCAAGACCCGUAAGGCUCGCGCGCCUUCGCUACGAUAAACGAUUUGUAUCCAGAAAAGUGUGAAGAUGCUGCGAACUCUCCUGGUUCUGUGCUUGGCUUUAGUGGUUUGCUCCAGCAGACGUGCAGACAUUGAGGAACCUGAGUUCGAGUCACCAAUAGAGGCAGAGACAGGGAAUGAUGUUGAGGAACUGGACUGCAAGAUUGGGUUCAUUAGAAUUGCAGGAAACUGCUACAGUUUCAACCAGAUAAAGAUGUCUUGGAGCAAUGCUGAGCUUGCCUGUAAUAACCAGGAAGCCCAGCUGGCUUCUGUCCUCGACGAUGAGCAGUACAACGGCCUUCUUGGGCACAUCAAUGCAAACUAUCCUGGGACAUACUGGACAUCAGGAGCAAUACGAUCGGGACAAUGGAUCUGGACAACCAACGGCAAACUCAUGGCACAGAAGUGGUGGGGCAGGAAUCCCGGCACAGCACCAAAUCAAUGUGCCUACUUCUGCUCCAAAACACUCAAGUACUGGAACAAGCAGUGUGAUGGACAACUGGGCUUCAUCUGUGAGGAAGUGAAGAAAACUGUGCCUGAAGCAAGUAAAUAUACACAGCAACUCCGGAGGAAAUCAUGGAACAGACUAUAUUAUUAGUACUGUACCAACAUUAGCAUCAGUGUUUACUGGGCACUGUCUCAGAGGUAAUGAUAUAAAUACACUAAGAACAUUAAAUGAUUGAGCAAGAUCUCUACUCCUAAAAAGCAACCUUUGACCUAGUUUUUCCAGGGUUUAUUCCUCCGAUCUUCCUCUUGGCUGUUAAAAUUUCAGGGCACCACAUUUUCAGAUUUUGUCUAUAAGUAAAACACUACAGUAAUGUAUAUUGAUUUACUAAUAGUUUUGUUAUGCAUAGUGGACAGGAAUCUUAAGGUUCUGAUCUAAUGUUGAAGUUUUGCAACAAUAUAGUACAGUAACUCCAAAUUCUUAAUACAGUACUGUAUCAUGAUCUUUCAAUACUCAUACGUAAAUACAGUAUGUGUUUAUAAAAUAUGGCCAAGCCAACACACCCAUGCUUGUGUGCCCAAGAUACUUCACACCAGUAUUGUGCAGUUAAGUCAAAUUACUAUUUACUUGAAGACUAAACCCCACACCAGAAGAUGAGGAGACGAAGACGUUUCGGUCUGACCUGGACCAUUAUCAAGUUGAUAAUGUCCGACGACUCAUCGUCGUCGUCUCCCCAUCUUCUGGUGUGUGGUUUAAUCUUCAUAUCUUCAGCCAUGUUAUUGUGACUCAUUGUCUGCAUACUAUUUACCUAAUUAUAUCAGAAAAUAUAACUACUGUACUGUCCUAUGAUUACCACUUAAUUAUGUAAUACUGUGCAAUAAAGUGUACCAUCACCAAAUAA